AUGGAUGCUUCUUGUAUUCAAUAUUACAAAACUAGCUCUCUACUUUUGUUUCUCAUAUUUGAACUACUAAUAUGUCAUCCUACAACACAACAACAAACUCCUAAGCUAAGCAAUAUUGAUGAAAAUGUGCUCAUUCUCAUCAAAAACUCCCUCAUUGAUCUCCCUCCCUCCACUUUCUUCUCCUCUUGGAACUUCUCCUCCUCGGAUCCUUGCACCGCCUUUUCCGGCCUUACUUGCUCUCUUACUCCUCCCUCCACCCUUCGCGUCUCCACUCUCGAGCUCGGUUUCGAUCGCUUUGGCACCCUUGGUCUCUCCGGGUCUUUACCCCAGUCAAUCACUCGACUCACCGAGUUGACUCAGCUUAUACUCCAUCCGGGCCUAGUCACGGGCCCAAUCCCCUCUGAGUUGGGUAGGCUCGUCAAUCUUAGAGUCCUCUCCUUAGCUCAUAACCGCCUCUCGGGUCUCAUUCCUCCGUCUCUCACUCGUCUCCGAUCGCUCCAUACAUUAGACCUCGGUUUCAACCAACUAUCGGGCCGAAUCCUGCCUACAUUACUCACCGAGUUGACUCAACUCCGAGUUCUCAUCCUUGCAAGCAACCGUCUCACCGGCAAGUUACCCGAGUUAACUCCGCGAUCUCAGCUUCUCCAUCUUGACCUCAAAUCUAAUCGCCUUGUGGGUCCCAUCCCACCUACAUUGCCGUUAAACCUCCGUUACAUUUCCCUCUCACAAAACAAUCUGUGGGGCCCAAUAACUAACGGCUCUCUGGAGUCGUUAUCGCAACUAGAAUAUCUAGACAUUAGCCAAAACCUAUUUAGUGGGCCCAUUCCUUCCUCUCUCCUCCGCCCAUCUCUCUCCACCGUCUUCCUCCACCGGAACAACUUUUCCGGCGUAAUCUCAGGAAAUUACAUUGAAUAUCCCGAAAACUCAAUCAUCGACUUCAGCCACAAUUCCUUUUCCGGUCAGAUACCGGAAGCGUUAGCCGGCGCCGCCAAUAUUUACCUAAACAGCAACCGGUUCAGUGGCCCCGUACCCGAUUACUACGUACAUGGGCUGGAAGAGGGAAAGAUAAAAACUUUAUAUCUCCAACAUAAUUUUCUAGAUGAAUUUCCUAUAAGAAAUCAUUUAGGAUUAGUGUCAUUGCCAAAUGGAGUUGAAGUUUGUUUGUCAUACAAUUGUAUGGUCCCACCAACAGGGGUCAACGCGUGUCCCACAAGCGCCGAUAAUAACAAGUCUCGUCCGGCUGAUCAAUGCUCGGUCUUCCGCAAAAAUUGA